AAGCACAAUACAAUAGAAGUGUUUUCUGCAGCUGCAACAGCCACCGCCGCCAACUCUGCAGCAACCACCACCGCCGUAACCGCCGACUCUGCAGACGCCGCUGCCGCUACCGCCGCCACCGCCGAGGAUUUAACAUCCUGGCGCUGGUCUCUCAAGAACCCUGUACAGAUGCUGGACAGUGUUGUAGGAGCCGCCAGCCUUCGCUUAUAA